AUGACAACCGACUUCAAAUCAUUAUCAGAGAAACUCAUCAACAGUUAUGCCAAGUUGCAACUUUCACACUCCAUCAAAGUAGCAAAUGAUAUCAAGCCCAUUCAAUCGACGGCAAAUCGGCCUGUUGUAAAUGCAAUCCACUCAAAUGUGAAUUAUCUAUUAUCACACAAAGAUCAAAAAGCUAUCGAUGCUGCGCUUGAUGCAAUUGACUUGGCAAAGAUCUACGAAAACAUUGAUAAGCUUGAACAGGAGAAUGAAAAGGAAAAGGAUAAGAAAAAGGGAAAUGAAGAAGAAAAACAAGAAGAGGAAAAACAAGGAAAACAAGGAAAAGAGAAUAAAGGCGCAACCGCAAAUUUAAAAUACGAUGAUCUUGUCGUUAAGGAGAUUUUACGAUAUUUCAAGCAUGAUUUCUUUGAAUGGGUUAAUACGCCAAAAUGUUCUUGCGGUUCAGAUAAAGCUAUAGGCAAAGGUGCAAGGCGAAUGCCGUCAACUGCCCCCAAUCCACAAAAGAUUUCCAUUAUUGAAGUUUACGAAUGUCAAAAGUGCGGUAAAGAGAUUGUGUUUCCAAGGAUCAAUAAUCCUGUAUCAUUACUUGAAACCAAAAAAGGAAGAUGCGGUGAGUGGGUCAAUUGUUUUUUGCUUAUUCUUGAAGCACUAAUUGGCGAUGGUGGUAAAGAUAGAGUACGAUUCGUUUGGAACCAGGAGGAUCAUGUAUGGGUAGAAUACUUUUCCCUUGGUUUACAAAAAUGGGUCCAUUUAGAUCCCUGCGAAGCUGCGUUUGAUGAACCUUUGUUGUACUGUGAGAACUGGGGUAAAAAAAUGUCAUAUGUGCUAGGGUUCAACAUGAAUAGUGUAGUUGAUUUGAGUAAGAAAUACAUCACAAAGGAAAAGCAAAUACCUCAGCAAAGUAUUGUUGAUCCUAAAUUAGUUGCAAAAACUUUGAAGUGGGUAAAUGCCAGAAAAUUGGUGCAGAAAUACCAAAAUUUGAAAGAUCAGGGCUUUUCUGAUAGCGAUGCGUUAAAACUGAUAUACCAUGAAGUAAUAAUACCAAGAAACAGGGAACAAAUUGCAUUGAAAGAAGGUGAUGUCAAGCCAUCGAAAACAUCUCUGGAAGGAGGUAAUGAUGUUCCAAGAGGUAGACAAACGGGAUCUGCUGAGUGGACCAAAGCGCGAGGAGAAGACGGUCAUUAA